CAAAGAAAAGCCUCACAAGGCAAUUGCUUUCAACUCUAUUUAGCAAGCAAAUCGUAUACCCUAACUAGGUAUGCUUUACUGCUCAAAAGGUAAUGAAAUCUCAACUGCUCGACGAAGCAUGUGACGCUCAAGGAAACAAAAGAAUUCGAUAGUAGAAAUCAUUUUAGAUGAUGGUUUGGAAUACACGAGCUGAAUCCACCCAGAAAGGUUUUUGAACAUCGGCGCACUAUGGCUUCAACAUUCGAAUCCAACGAUGAAGAAACGCACUCGUGUGGUACGAAUGAAACAAAUCUAACAAAAAAAGAGAGGGGACUCCUUUAUAAACAGCUGAAUCAACAUUUGGGAUUUAUUAUUCAGUAUAGAAAGCAUAUCUCAUCAACUCUUGGACAAACAGAAAAAAUAAGUAAAGCAUAUUCUUUUCCUUUCUUGAGAUAUAAUUCUCUAAUCCUCUUCCUUAAUAAGGACAUAUAAGUUGGAUGCUGUUUCAGACGUUAGAGGAUCCUUCAUCUGUAUAAAACUUCCUUUUUCCAAGUAUCGCCUUAGUUACUCUAGCGUUGCACGUAAAAUUUAAGACCUUCUUAACGCUUAAUAUUCCUCCAACUGAUUAAUUCUCUAAGACUGGCCGUUGUGCAUCUCUAGUUUUCACCAUCUGAAUGUUUCAGGCGGAAACAGUCUACGUUAAGCAUAUUCAUUCAACUCUUAAAUGUGUUGAUUUUGCAAAAGAAUGUACAGUUGAAAUUACGAAUCGUGGAAUCCGUUUUGGAGUGGAUGAAUCUCAAUCCUUACAAGCACAUUUAUUUAUUGACAAAGCGUUAUUUCAAAAGUACAAUUUUGAGGAUGAUGAAGAAAAUUAUAGUUAUCUUUUCAAAACCAGGUUAGCACCAUUGUUACAGUGCUUGUCGAUUUAUACAGAUGGAAAAGAAAAACAAGUUGCAAGCCCUUGGGACCAGCAGCCUUCUACAAAUACUAUGCAUAAACGGGGUGUUGUAUGCAAAAUACACUUUGAGGGAAUUGGUGCUCCCUUUGAAUGGGAAGUUGAAGAAAUGGCAGGAUACUCUACAAUAUGCGAGUUGUCAACACUAGAUUAUGAAGAAAACAUCGAUGUUAGUAGGUUAGCUACUACUUUGAAUACCAAAGUUAUUAUGAGAAGUGGGUGGUUAUACGACGCUCUUUUAGAGUUAGACAACAACAUGAGUGAGUCUCUUAUGAUUGAAACGUCUUCUCAAAGAUCCACGUUUCUUUUGCGAUGUGUAGGAGGAAUGUCUACGACAGAGAUGGAAUAUCCAAAUGAGAAAAAUGUUUUAGAAUCUUUUGAAACCAACUCUGAGUAUACAUAUACUUACCGAUUUUCUCUUAUUCGGCAAGCUAUCAAAGCCUUGCAAGCAGGCACCAAAGUUAGCUUGCGCAUAGAUGAAAAUGGGACCCUCAACAUUCAGCUGAUGCUUGUAGGUCAAGAUGGCUUGUGUACCUUUGUUGACUUUCGAAUUGCACCACUAGAUUUAAUGAGUGAAGACGAAGACGAUGAUGAAGAAAAUUUGGCUAACAAUGGCUACAUGGAAAACUAUAACGACCAAGAGAAUUAUAAUACAGAGGAGGAAGACGAUUGAGGUUUCAAUCAAAGACAUAAUUUGAUAAAUAAGGAUAGAAGGCUUUCUAUGGAAUAAGCUUUCAUACACAAUAAGGACAUGGAAACAUUCACCUUUCUCGAACAAUACAGCUUAAAAGGGAGUUUCCUCGCCUUUUGCAUUCCACUUCACAACAUGGUCUAAUCGUUGAUCGCUGAUACGGGCACUUUGCAGUUUUACUUUGAUGACUCGAAGGCCUUCACCUUCAACAUACUGUUUUGUAUUUCCUUGGUCAUUAGUAUGAAUGUGCUUGCUUCGGAAAAAAAUAUCUUCCUCACUGCCGCUAGGCAAAACUGUAGCUAAACCGUUCAAGCUCACAGCAGUGGUAGAAAAUUGAGCUUGAUUCAUCUUGUACAACAGGUUACAAAGAGACGAAGCAUCUGGAUCUGCUUCUUGUCGGUUUGUAGUCCAAUCGUGUACCAGUAACGAUACUCGAGGAUUCUUGUUUUAGGAGUUAGUGAGGUGUUCUAUUCUGAACCUGUCUAGCUCUACUUACAGAACUGAUAUUAAAAUAUUUUUUGCUACUUUCUCCAGUUGUUAGGAUGAUACAGUCAUCAGCUUCAUAAGGUAGAGCUUGUCCUAAGCAGAUAUUAAAUAUUAGUAUGCCAAAAAAAAAGCCUUCGAAUACUUCACCUACCGGCAGGCACAUAAGUAAAGGUCAUCUGUAUUUCAUAGUUAAUACCA